CGCCGGCAGUUCAGUUCUCAGCGAGCUAUCAAACGAUUCAGAGCGAGUGCUAAAGCGAGUCAGAGCUUUACCAGAGCUAUUUCUCUGUGCAUCGACGUUUAGAGCAGUGAUUUCGUGAUCAUCAGCGAGGCUUCACAUCCUCCGAGUUACCAAGUUUCAUCGAACCUUGUGUUUUCAACCGAGCCAGUGAAUCAUCUCAGUCAAGAUGCCAGCCGUGGGAAUCGACUUGGGCACUACCUACUCCUGCGUGGGCGUGUGGCAGCAGGGCAAGGUGGAGAUCAUCGCCAACGACCAGGGCAACCGCACCACCCCCAGCUAUGUGGCCUUCACCGAUACGGAGCGCCUCAUCGGCGACGCGGCCAAGAACCAAGUUGCCAUGAACCCCAAGGAUACCGUGUUCGACGCCAAGCGACUCAUCGGCCGCAAGUUCGACGACCCUAAGAUCCAGCAGGACAUAAAGCAGUGGCCCUUCACCGUGGUCAACGAGGCCGGCAAGCCCAAGAUCCAGGUCUCGUUCAAGGGUGAGCGCAAAGUGUUCGCGCCGGAGGAGAUCAGCUCCAUGGUGCUGACCAAGAUGAAGGAGACUGCCGAGGCGUACCUGGGCAGCACCGUGCGCGACGCGGUGGUGACGGUGCCCGCCUACUUCAACGACAGCCAGCGGCAGGCCACCAAGGACGCGGGCGUCAUCGCGGGCCUCAACGUGCUGCGGAUUAUCAACGAGCCCACCGCCGCGGCCCUGGCGUACGGCCUGGACAAGAACCUCAAGGGCGAGCGCAACGUGCUCAUCUUCGACCUGGGCGGCGGCACCUUCGACGUCUCCAUCCUCACCAUCGACGAGGGCUCCCUAUUCGAGGUGCGCUCCACGGCCGGCGACACGCACCUCGGCGGCGAGGACUUCGACAGCCGUCUGGUGAACCACCUGGCCGAGGAGUUCAAGCGCAAGUACCACAAGGACAUGCGCUCCAACCCCCGCGCCCUGCGUCGUCUGCGUACCGCGGCGGAGCGCGCCAAGCGCACCCUGUCCUCCUCCACCGAGGCCACCAUCGAGAUCGACGCGCUGUACGAGGGCGUCGACUUCUACACCAAGGUGUCCCGCGCGCGCUUCGAGGAGCUGUGUGCCGACCUGUUCCGCUCCACCCUGGCCCCGGUAGAGCGCGCCCUGCAGGACGCGAAGCUGGGCAAGGGUGACAUCCACGACGUGGUCCUGGUGGGCGGCUCUACGCGCAUCCCCAAGGUGCAGUCCAUGCUCCAGACCUUCUUCAACGGCAAGUCGCUCAACCUCUCCAUAAACCCGGACGAGGCGGUGGCGUACGGCGCGGCGGUGCAGGCCGCCAUCCUGUCCGGCGACCAGAGCCAGGCCAUCCAGGACGUGCUGCUGGUGGACGUGGCGCCGCUGUCCCUGGGCAUCGAGACGGCGGGCGGCGUCAUGACCAAGAUCAUCGAGCGCAACGCGCGCAUCCCCUGUAAGCAGACGCAGACCUUCACCACUUACUCCGACAACCAGCCGGCCGUCACCAUCCAGGUGUACGAGGGUGAGCGCGCCAUGACCAAGGACAACAACCGCCUGGGCACCUUCGACCUGACGGGCAUUCCCCCCGCACCACGCGGCGUGCCCAAGAUCGAGGUCACCUUCGACAUGGACGCCAACGGCAUCCUCAACGUGACCGCCAAGGACACGAGCUCCGGCCGCUCGCAGAACAUCACCAUCCGCAACGACAAGGGCCGCCUGUCCGCCGAGGAGAUCCAGCGCAUGCUGGACGAGGCCGAGCAGUACAAGGCUGAGGACGAGAAGCAGCGGGAGCGCGUGGCCGCGCGGAACCAGCUCGAGGGGUACGUCUUCAGCAUCAAGCAGGCUCUGGACGAGGCGGGCCAGAAGUUGUCCGAGCAGGACCGCGCCCGGGCACGCGAGCAGUGCGACGCCACCCUCAAGUGGCUGGACAGCAACACCCUGGCCGAGAAGGAGGAGUACGAGCACCGCCUCAAGGAGCUGCAGCAGCAGGUGCAGGACGUCAUGACCCGCCUGCACACCGGCGGACAGGCAGGACCUCAAGCACAGGGCUGCGGCCAGCAGGCUGGCGGCGCCCACCGCAGCGGACCCACUGUCGAGGAGGUUGAUUAAGUAGUUUCCAAUAGUUUCGAAGUUAGAGUUAGUUUUUUAAAAAUCAUUCCCAUUUUAGAUAGUUAAAUCAUCUGUCAUUUAAUUUAUUUGUUUGCUUGGACUGUGAUUAUACUUGCCACCAAAUACUCUACCUAUUAUGACUGAUUAUGUUUAAGUUUAGACUGUACAGCAGCAUUUUAAAACUGUCAAUUUAUGUGUUAAAUUGUAUGUACACCGUUGCACAGUUUUUUUUUGUCUUCAUUAAAAGUAAUUUAAGAAUACUA